CCAACAUCCGCUGAGACAGACAGGGAGAGAAAAGCUGUCUGAACGGGACAAAAACAGGCUGUUCAAGGAAGGAAACGCGUUUUUUAUCAUUUCACUCUUUUUUCUCUUUUUAGGAUCAAAGUCGAACGAGUGUGUUUUUAUUGUGAUGUUCAAACAAGGCGGGGCUGACCCUCAAGUCCCAUUUUGGACGGAGCAGAAGCAGCAGCAGCGCAGACACUGAGGAGUCUUUCUGCUGUUAUUUUUGAUUUUUUUUUUUUUAGAUGAGAUUAGAGAGCCGAGCAUGAAUUCAGCAGAGCAGACCGUAACGUGGCUCAUCACGCUCGGAGUCUUGGAGUCUCCAAAGAAGAGCAUCUCUGAUCCGGAGGCUUUUCUGCAGAGCUCUCUGCAGGAUGGAGCGGUGCUGUGCCGGCUGCUGGAGAGACUCAGACCCGGGACUGUGGACAGGUUUUUCCAGGAACCGAGAAACGACAGCGAGUGUCAGCGGAACAUCAGCGAGUUUAUUAAAGGCUGCGGGGCUUUCGGUGUGGAGGCUUUUGAGGUCAAUGACCUCCUGCAGGGGCUCAACUUCUCCAAGGUCCUAAACUCCCUGGUUGUCCUCAACAAAGCCACUGAAGAGUUGGGCGUCUCUGGAGACAGCGUUUGUGUGCCACACUCCUCCUCAUUGAGGAUCAAAUCUUUUGACUCUUCCAACACUCAGACUCGCUCGUCUAAACUGCUGCAGCCUCAGUACCGGAGCCUGGACAUGUCAGAGGGCAGUGGCUGCAGCCAGAUCCUGGUCAAAGCUCGCUUUCCCUUCCAGCAAACCAAUGAGGACGAGCUCUCCUUCUCCAAAGGUGACAUCAUCAGCGUGAGCCGGCAGGAGGACGGCGGCUGGUGGGAGGGCUCGCUCAACGGGAAGUCUGGGUGGUUCCCCAGCAACUAUGUACGGGAGCUGAAAGGAGGCGAUAAAACGUUAGAGAAGCAGAAGUCAGGCACACUUAAGAGUCCACCCAAAGGUUUUGACACCACAAUCAUCAGCAAGACGUACUACAAUGUGGUCCUCCAGAACAUCCUGGAAGCAGAGAGUGAAUAUUCCAGGGAGCUGCAGAGUCUGCUCGGCUCGUACCUACGCUCUCUUCACCCUUCAGACAGACUCAGCAGCACCGACAUCGCUCACAUUCAGGGGAAUCUGGAGGAGAUCUCCACGUUCCAGCAGAUGUUGGUUCAGUCGCUGGAGGAGCACACAAAACUUCAAGAGAGCCAGCAGAGGAUCGGUGGUUUCUUCCUGAACCUGAUGCCCCAGAUGAAAACCAUCUAUGUGGCGUACUGCUCCAACCACCCGUGUGCCGUCAACGUCCUCACACAACACGGGGAGGAGCUUGGGGAGUACAUGGAGUCAAAGGGGGCGUCGUCUCCAGGGAUCCUGACUCUAACCACCAGUCUGAGUAAACCCUUCACCAGACUGGAGAGAUACCCGACGCUGUUCAAAGAGCUGGACCGACACAUGGAGGAGCAGCAUCCUGACAGAGCAGAUCUCCAUGCUUCUAUCACAGCCUUUAAAAACUUUGCAGCUCUGUGUCAGGAUGUGAGGAAGAAGAAAGACCUGGAGUUGCAGAUUUUAACCGAGCCAAUCAGAAACUGGGAGGGCGAUGACAUCAAAACCCUCGGCCCCGUUCUCCACAUGUCCCAGACCACCGUGCACACGCAGAACUGUCAGGAGUCAAAUGAGCGCUACCUCGUCCUGUUUCCUCACACUCUGCUCAUGCUCUCUGCCAGCCUGAGGAUGAGCGGAUUCAUUUAUCAGGGAAGGAUCCCACUGUCAGGGAUUCUGAUCUCCAGAAUAGAAGAUGGAGAAAAUCUGAAGAAUGCUUUUGAGAUAUCAGGUGGUCAGUGUGAGCGGAUGCAGGUUGCCUGUAACAGUCAGCAGGAUCUGCAGGACUGGCUGGACCUUCUCACCAAAUACACGCACACUCCGGCCGUGCACGCUCACUCGCACAAGCCUCAGUCUGUGUGCCACACACUGCCCUCUCUCCCCGUCACUCCGUCCAGACACUCGGAGUCUCGAGGAGGAAGCUCAGGAAACAACUACCACACGCUCCCACAUCCAUCUUCAUUCGGGAACGCUCACACCAGCAGCUCCAUGUGGGGUCCCCUGGAGCCUCCCAGCACCCCUAAACCCUGGAGCCUGAGCUGCCUCCGGCCUGCGCCUCCUCUCCGACCCUCUGCUGCGCUCAGCCAGAAGGAGGAUAUGAGUAAAAGUCCUAAGAACAUGAAGAAGCUGCUCCCAAAGAGGAAACCAGAGAGGAAACCUUCAGAGGAGGAUUUCACUGUCAGAAAAAGUACGGCAGCCCUGGAGGAAGACGCUCAGAUCCUGAAAGUGAUUGAGGCGUACUGCACGAGCGCCAAAACUCGACAAACUCUCAACUCCAGCUCCAGCAGGCAGAACGUCCACAUGCUGUUCCCAGAGGAGGAGAAGAUCAUUGUGGAGGAGACGAAGAGUAACGGACAAACUGUGGUUGAGGAGAGGGGUCUGGUGGACACGGUGUACUGUCUGAAAGAUGAAGUCCAGGAACUCAAACAGGACAAUAAGAGGAUGAAGAGGACGCUGGAGGAGGAGCAGCGAGCGAGGAAGGAGCUGGAAAGAAUCAUCCGGAGGGUCCUGAAGAGCAUGAACGACCCCACCUGGGACGAGACUAACCUCUGAACUUUGGGACCAGACUAAUUCCUGACUUUAAAAACGGGCCACAUGUUGUUUGAACUUUCGACACAAGCUGCCAAUAAAACAUUCUGACAAACUGGACCAAGAGAAAACGCUUGCCAGCCGUCAACGAAGCCAUCGACAGACCGGGGAGCUGUGACGCCAAAUCAGCUGGUAGGCAUGAUGACAUCACUUCCUGUCGUGAUUCUCGGAUGCCUUCUAUGGAGCACUGACAAACAAAUCACUUUUUCCUACUUACAUGUAUAUUUAAUUUUCAUUCCUCUUUUUUUUUAGAUAAAGUAAGAAAUUCAGAAAUUCUUUACUCAGAUUUAACAACAACGCUCAAACGGGUUUAUCAUUUCAAAGAAACAUGAGAGAAAAACUUUAACGACACAAAAAGAUUUCAUCAGUAGCAAAUAGUGAAAGACACUACAAAAAUUCAGCUGACUCAGCUUCUAGGUUGUUUUAUCAGAUAUAAAGUACAGAGAAACAAAACUUAAUAUAAAUUUACCAGCACUAAGAGGUUAGUCCUGAUAUAAAAUCUAUUUGAUGUAAAUAUGAUUGCUUCUUCACAUUUCACACUGAAUAAUUAUUUAUAGAACAUGGGAAGUGCAGAACAUGGAAAUAUAGAAUGUUUGUAGUUCUGUUUUAGUCUGAUUUCAAGUCAUUUGAAGAAACUACAGGUAAUUUUAUUCCCAGGCUCUAAACCAAUGAACUUUAGAUAAACAUGAGCUGACAGUUGACUAUGGCUGGAUGCACACUAGACAGUUCAAGCCUUGAUUUCCUGCCUUAACCCCACCCCCAACAAUCACAGGAAUGGCUGAAUUUGAAGCUUGUCAUAACCAAUUGUUUAUCCAAAUAUUCCUCAAGUGUUUGGGUUCGAUACAGCUACUUUACUGCCCCUGAUUUAGGUAUUCCUGUAAGAUCUAGAGGCGUAAAUAUCAAAUAUGUUUCAUAUUUAUGAUUCCAGAUUGGACUGCUUUGACAGCAGCCAGUGAGAGCUAGCAGACAGGCAGUCGUGUUCCUUUACAGCUCAAAAACACUGCCCAAAAAAUUCAUGUAAAAUUAAAACUUUUAGAAAUUCUAGAUUCAUUCCACAAAGUGAAACGUCCCAAGACUUUUUGAUUUAAUCCUGAUAAUUACAGCUAAUAAAAAUCUAAAAACCACAAGCUGAAAAUAUUAGAAUAUUGUGGAAAAGUCCAAUUUGCAAAGGUUUGCUGAGCCUUCACUCUCUCACUCUGGUUGAGUUCACACAACCACAAUCAUUGGGAAGACAACUGCAGGAACUCUCCCUUUCCUCUGCAUCAGCUGAUUCAGUGGCCGUACUUUCCAUAUAUAUUCAUAAAUCCUGUAGAAUGAGUGCAAUCAAAGAAAACCAAUAAAUGCUGCCAUAGAUUGUGUUCAUGUCACUUACAUUUACAAAUAAUGGAAUGUUAGCAGGAAAAACCCCCCGAACCUUACUGCCAGAAAUAAAGGAAACAAAUUUGGGCCUUAUUUGUUGAUCAAACACUACAAAUUAAACCUAAUGAAGUUCCCUUUAAGCAUGCUCUUGCAUUAAAUACCUUCACUGUCUGUUUCUAGUUUGUCUUUACCGCAUUAUUUAGUGCACAUAGUAUUUAAACACCUUUGUUAAAGACCAAAAUCAAAGCAAUGCAACACUGGAAAAUGUUUUUUAUUAUGAUUUUUACUAUUUCAAUAUGCAACUACCUGUAAAAUGAUUUCUUAUUUUUAUAUUUGUGAUUGUGUUUUUAUUCUUAACAGCUGCUGUUGAUUUGUGACUUUUUUCUACUGGACCUGCUCGAUCACUAACCAUGAUUUGUACAAAAAUAAGUCGAACAUUUCCUUUGCUGGUGUUAUUUAAGACUUCACUGAUAUGUUUAAUGACACUAAUGAAGAUAUUAUACAGCGUAUGAACUCUUAUUAAUAUAUUUAACUGAAGUGACUGGUUUAUUGUGUGUGGAUUAAUGUAGUUAUAAAUCAUCUCAUCUAUUUAUUUCACCCAUCAGUCUGUGA